AUGGGCAACCACGAGCUGUACAACUUCAAUAGGGAAGAAGCGAAGACGCUCAUCCCAAACAUUUUCCCCUGGUACCGGAGACUGCAGCUGGUGCCUGGCUGGCGCUUCCUGAUCUUGGACGCCUACGAUUUGAAUGUCAUCGAGAAAGGCGGUGGGCCAGCUGUGGAGGAGGGGAUUGCUUACAUCAGCGAGCACAACCCGAAUGACUUGCGUGCCCCACGUGGUACCAUCGACAUGUCAGCAGGCCUUUCUGGUUUGCAAAAGCGCUUUGUGCCGAUGGGGGGUGGCAUAAAGCCUGAGCAGCUGCAGUGGCUCCGUGAGGAGCUUGAAGAUGCAGCAGCGUCAGGUGACAGAGCAGUUGUGUUGACACAUUUGCCGGUGAGACCAGAGGCCACCGUGGCACCAGCUCUGCUCUGGAAUUACGACGACAUCCUCCAAGUUUUUCGGGACUUCGCAGGUGUCGUGCCAUUGGUCCUGGCAGGCCAUUAUCAUGAAGGCGGCUAUGCAUGGGAUCCUGAGAGCCUGACGCAUCAUGUCACGCUGCCCUCGCCGCUGAAUGCGCCGGAAGACAAGCCAACUGCCCAUGGAUUGGUGGAGCUUUGGGAUGACAAGAUUGUCAUCCGAGGGCAUGGCAUUGUUCCCAGCCGUGACCUAUCCCUGGUUCCACCCUGCAAGCUUUGA